AUGUCUCAAUGCCCAACUGCCAGCGCCACUCCCUCCACAGUCUUGGAUUCACAGCCUUCAGGGCUGUUGGAUGCCACCCCCUAUGUUUCCCAGAUUGCAUCUACUGUGUGGCAGAGUCAAGAGCUGCCUCUGUCACAGCUCACUCCCAGGACUCUCAAAAGAAGGUUGGAUCUGGACUCCCAAGAAGAAGGAAUAUCCUGCGUGCUUCCCCCCUUGUCCAGGCGUUGGUUAGCAGUGCCCAGCAACAGGGAAGACUUAGAAAAUGGAGGAAGCUCCAUUGUCCCAUCCAUGGCUCCAUUGGAGUCAAGGGGAUCUAUUGUUCCUGCAGCCCCUGAAGGGCAGGAGGACAUUGGGGUUCUUCCCCAAGAAGGAAGGCGCUUCCGUCGUAAGGGGAAGUGUUAUCUUCUCACUUAUGCUCGUUAUGUCAAGAGUGAGGAGACAAGGGAAACCUCUUGCCAUGAGGUUAUAAAAGAUCUUGUAGAUCAUCUUCUUACUCUGAGGAGUGGGGAAAAUUCCCUUUUGGAGUAUGCCAUGGGAGUCACUGAGUCCCAUGACCUGAGGGAAGGUGAAUGGCAGCCUGAUUGGCAUUGCCAUGUUAUUGUUUGGGCCAGGACCCUCAUCUCAUCAGAGGCCCUGAACCUAUGGAAGCAUAAGGGAGUGCGCCCUCAUGAGCGUCUUCUUGUACUUAGGGAUGAUAAGGGAAGGUUUGCCCCUUUAUCAGCCUAUGAGUAUCUCAAGAAGGAGGCAGAUGCCUGGGAGGCAAGAUAUGGGACCCUUACAGAGGAGUUCCUAUUGGGUCAAUGCCCUGCAGGGUUGAAGGCCAAGACCAAUCGCAAUGAGGACUUUGCCUAUGCAAUGGAGGCAGAGGAUGCAGAGGGUUUCUUUGGUCGCUUAAAGGAGCGCCAACCUUGUGAUAUGGCCAUGGGGUAUAACAACCUCAAGGCCUUUACUGGUUACUUCUACAGGGAUAAGGGCGCCCUUCCUCAGGGUGUAUGUGAGCCCAAGGCCCUUAAGAAGGCUACAGUCAAUUUGCCACCUGGUGUUCAGGAGUGGGUUACCUCCAAUAUACUGGAGCGUGACCCUGAAUCUGAUUGUGGUAAGAUCCUUGUUCUGUGGGGUCCCUCAGAGACAGGGAAGUCAGCCCUUGCUUGUUCUUGGGGCCACCACAUUAGGUUCAGGCAGAACCUUAACUCUGAUGAGUUUAGUGACCAUCCUAUGGUUCAGUAUGCAGUGCUGGAUGAUAUGGAUUGGUCCAAGGUUCCUUUGAAGAUGUGGGUGCAGGAAGAUUUCAAUUUCCGCACUAGUUACAGAUCAGAGCGCCAUUGCCAAUGGGGGCGCUCUACUGUUAUUUGUUCCAAUUCUAAGCCUUCUGUAUUUGCUGAUUGUAGUUAUGCUACAGUUGAUGGCAAGAAUUGGAUAGACACCAAUUGCACCUUUGUGUAUAUUGGUGAUAAGUUGUAUUAG